AUGCAAACAGGAAAUUUAAGGCCACCCUGUAUGAGAGGGGAUCGGCGAUACUUUGAAUCAACUACCGUUACUUUAACGUUUCCUCCUCUUGAAAUAAGAAAACGCGUGUACCUGGAAAUCUCUUUUGGUAAAUGCCCCACAAUUGAAUCAGAUAAGCGGCCCACUGUUAAAGAAACAGGAAAUCCCCAAGAAUCUACCCCACAGUCUCACUCACCAAAUGCUGCUGUAUGUGGCUAUUUACCAGAGCAGGAGGCUACUUCUCUUGGAACCAAGGAAUACAAUGAAGUUGUAUUGUCGGUGGGAAACAUUGUAGAUCCUGACAGGAACUCUUCUUCGAAUAGAAAGCGAGGAAAUUACAACCAUUACUCCCCGGAAAUGCGUGCAAAAAACGGUAAAUAUGCCAGUGAAAACGGAAAUGCAAGAGCCAUAAAUCACUUCAAAGCACAGCUACCGAACCUUACGGAGAGUAACGUGAGAACCUUCAAAAGAGCAUAUCAGAAGAAAUUGAAGGAAACGAAGAGACAAGGAGGAAUACAAGAAAACGUAACUUCUAUUCUACACGGCACUCGUGGUCGCCCGCCGAUCCUUCUUGAUCUUGACCAAAAAUUGAUAUCACUUUUGAAGAGCAUACAAAACAGAGGUGGUGUUGUUAAUUUUAGUGUUGUCAAAGCCUCAGCCUUGGCAUUGAUAAAAAGAAAUCCCGCGAAAAACUUCAGGGGAUGUGAGCCAACCUCGACGUGGGACAGAUCAAUUUAUCGACGGUGUAAUUUUUCCAGGCAAGCUGGAACCACAACAAGACCUCCUGUGCCUCUAGGAAUAUACGAAGAGUGCAAACUAAACUUUUUAACAGACAUCGAGAGAUGCAUUGCAACGCACAGUAUUCCUCAGUAA